AUGGCUUCGCGAUUCAUGCCCUCGCGCCGCACGGGCUUUGCGCUCGUUGCUGGAUGUCUCUUGUUCUCGGCGCUUGCCGCUGCUACUCACCCGGGCGCAUUGUCUGUGGGUGAGAUCGAGGAGCAAUUGCAGAAUUGCCCACUUGUUGAAGCUCUCAAUGAGCAGAAACGAGCUGCUGCGCCAGAGACUGCGAGUUUGACCUCGAAGAUCUUCGCUGUUCUCUUCCCCGGAAGCCCGGCCGUGAACUCCCUCCUGGCCACGUUGUAUAUUUCCGGUCCUCCCAACUUCCUCUUGGCAUUAUGCCCUCCCAACAUCGACCCCUCAUCCUUGUCCGUUAUGGUCGCCUUCGCCGUUGGAGGCUUACUGGGUGACACGCUAUUCCACCUCCUCCCGGAGAUCUUCCUCGGUGAGGAUUCCCCAGACCACGUGAGCUUUGUCAUGGUUGAGCCAAACAAGAAUCUUCUGCUUGGUCUGGGCAUCAUGGUUGGCUUCUUCACCUUUGUCGCGAUGGACAAGGCCCUGCGCAUCGCCACAGGCGGCGAAGGCGGCCACGACCACUCCCACAGCCACUCCCACGCAGAAGUGACUGCCGCAUCGACCACGGGCUCCGAGGUGGAUGGCAAGACUGGCAAUGAGCUGAAAAAGCGCAAGUCAGGAAAGGCCGCGAAGGAGCCUUCCGAGGACUCGACGGCCGAGAAAGAGAUCAACCCUAGCGUGAAGCUGGGUGGAUACCUCAACCUCAUUGCAGACUUCACGCACAACAUCACCGACGGUCUGGCUCUGUCCUCGUCUUUCUAUGCUUCGCCCACCAUUGGCGCAACCACCACCGUCGCCGUGUUCUUCCAUGAAAUUCCACACGAAGUCGGUGACUUUGCCCUCCUCGUGCAGUCGGGCUUUUCCAAGCGCAAGGCCAUGGGCGCGCAGUUUAUCACAGCCGUUGGUGCGUUCUUGGGUACUUUCAUUGGUAUCGCUGUCCAGGAAUUUGGGGGCAACAGCGCUACGUCGGAGGCUGGCCCAGGCGCUGGACUUUGGGGCACAAGCCUCCAGUGGGGUGAUAUGCUUCUCCCCUUCACUGCGGGAACUUUCCUCUAUGUUGGUACAGUGGCUGUUAUCCCCGAGCUGCUGGAGACAGGUAAAGACAAAUGUGCCGAGGUGCGCAAGACCAUCACCCAAUUUUUGGCUAUCGCUGUUGGCGCGGGGAUCAUGCUUGUGUGA